GCAGACGUCGAUGCGCCGCCCACCGAGAGCGCUCUCGCCGCUGCGAGGCAAUUGAUCGAGGCGGACAUAAAAAGCGCCGGUGUCGAUGCCACACAGCUUCACCCCGCUCUCAUUCCCGCCGCUGGCUACUCCCCCUCCUUCUCCCCGGCUGUCCAGCAAGAACUUGACCGUCUGGAGGCGGAUGCGACGUCCAAGAUGUCUGGCAUCGACACGAAGCGUUACGAGGAGCUCGAGGCGCCGCCGAACACCUCGCCUACAAGCGACGAAGAUAAGCCUGAGCUGCUCGAACAGUGGAGGACCGCGCUGCAGCGUGCAUAUACCAGCGCCGAGUACGUGAACGGCCGGUUGACGCAACUAGGCCUGCUGGAGAAGUUUGGAAAGAAUACGUGGCUGGUCGGAAAUUCGCAGCUGGAAGAUAUCCUCAAGGCGCUCGAGGCGGAGCUCGCUGAGCUGAGGAAGCAGCAUGAGGAGGUGGAGAUUCUGAGGAGAUCACAGCAGGAGAGGGUGCAGGGCGAGAUCACGACGCUUGAGGAGACGUGGAAACGAGGUGUCGGUCGUGUGCUGGAGGCCGAGGUUGCGGCCGAACAAUUGAAGCAGCAGAUACUGGGGAGGAGACGCGCUGGUGCUGUGUGA